GCCAAUUUCGGCGUUUUAGAGUCGCUUGCCGAGGCUGAGCAAAGGGCCGCCGUGGUAGCUACUUCUGACCCUUCCUGAGCCACGGGCGUAGCCAUGGGGCGAGGCAGGAUCACGGGCCUGGCCGUGAGCGACGUCCGCUUCCCCACUUCCCUGUCCCGCCAUGGCUCCGAUGCGAUGCACCCUGACCCAGAUUAUUCAGCAGCCUAUGUUACAAUAGAAACAGAUGCCCCUGAUGGGCUCCGAGGCUAUGGCUUAACAUUUACACUGGGUAAAGGCACAGAAGUGGUUGUCUCUGCAGUCUACGUACUUGCUGCUCAUGUGGUCAAUAAAGACUUGGAUGAAAUCAUUGGUGAUUUUCGAGGGUUCUACAGGCAGCUCACCAGUGAUGGGCAACUCCGAUGGAUUGGUCCAGAGAAAGGAGCUGUACAUUUGGCCUCAGCUGCUAUUCUGAAUGCCAUCUGGGACUUGUGGGCCAAACAGGAAGGGAAGCCUCUUUGGAAGUUGCUGGUUGACAUGGAUCCAAAACAGUUGUUAUCAUGCAUUGAUUUCAGAUAUAUUACUGAUGCACUGACAGAAGAGGAAGCUUAUACAAUACUUCAAAAUGGUCUUCUGGGGAAAAAAGAAAGAGAAGAACAAAUGUUAAAAUGUGGCUACCCAGCUUAUACCACAUCAUGUGCCUGGCUAGGCUAUCCAGAUGAUCAACUAAAACAGCUGUGUUCUGAAGCUCUGAAUAAUGGUUGGACCAGGUUCAAAGUAAAAGUUGGAGCAGAUCUUCAGGAUGACAUGCGGAGAUGCAGGCUUGUUAGAGAAAUGAUUGGCCCUGAAAACAUGCUGAUGCUGGAUGCGAAUCAAAGAUGGGAAGUGGAUGAAGCCAUAGACUGGGUGACUAAACUAGCUGCAUUCAAACCACUAUGGAUUGAAGAACCAACUUCUCCUGAUGAUAUUCUUGGACAUGCAAAAAUUGCUAAGGCAUUGUCACCAUUAGGGAUUGGUGUUGCAACAGGAGAACAAUGCCAUAAUAGAGUGAUUUUUAAGCAGCUUCUGCAGGCCCGUGCCUUGAGUUAUGUCCAGGUGGAUAGUUGCAGGCUGGGAAGUGUCAAUGAAAACUUGUCUGUGUUGCUGAUGGCCAAGAAGUUUCAAAUCCCAGUAUGUCCUCAUGCUGGAGGAGUUGGGCUCUGUGAGCUGGUACAGCACUUGAUAAUAUUUGACUACAUUUCAGUAUCUGGUACCCUUGAGAACAGAAUGUGUGAAUAUGUAGAUCAUCUGCAUGAACACUUCAAGUAUCCUGUAGUAAUCAUGAAUGCGUCCUAUAUGCCACCCCAGGCAGCUGGAUAUUCUACUGAAAUGAAAGAAGAUUCUGCAAGGAAAUACCAGUUCCCAGAAGGAGAAGUCUGGCAAAAACUUCUAUCUGACCAUAGUGCAACUAAAAUAAGUUAAACGUUGCCAGUCUGAAGAUUAAACUCAUCUCAGCUAUUUUUGUCACUCAAAUAGUUGUUGCUAAAGCUUUAUAAAGAUUUUAGAUUCAGUGAAUACUCCCAGAAAGCUUUCCCCCACUUGGAUAAAAAUAGUUUGCAAUCUCAAUAACAGAACUUAAGAAAAAUGGGAUACUUUUAAAUAGUUAAUCUUGAAAGGCAAAUGAUUCACUUUUCCUGGCGUUGUUCCAAAACAACUACAGAAAUAUAAACUCAAUGUAACUGCUGAACUUUAUAAGUUUAAAAUAAAGUAGAAGUGGCUUUCACACUAA